AUGGCGCCCGCUGACGACCUCAAGUCGCAUGCCGCCUCCUCCCAUGACUUCUAUGCGCUCCUGAGUCUAUCCCCCAGUGCUGUGGAAGCAGAAAUACGUCGCGCAUAUCGAAGGACAGCAUUGAAAUACCAUCCAGAUAAAAUUAAGAAUCCCACCCCUGCAGACAUCGAAAAGUUCCAUCUCCUUCAGAUCGCAUACGAUGUUCUCUCAGAUCCUUCGAUACGGCAGCUCUAUGAUAAUGCGCGGGAAGCGCGAGAGAGGAAGAAGAGGGAGAGUGAGAUGCUGGAAGGGGUUAGGCGGAAGAUGAAGGAGGAUUUGGAAGCCAGGGAGCGUGGUGUAAAAAGGACAUGGACUGGGGCUCCUACUGUCCAAGGGAGUUUUGGCGUGGAUGACAAUGCGGAAGAGAAGCUAGAGCAAGAAAUAAGGAGACUAGCGGAAGAUGGGAAGAGAAGGAGGAGAGCUAAGGAAGAAUUACUGAGGAGGGAAGUAUUAGAAGAAGAAGAGAGGCUGGAGACGGAAAGGGAAGAGAAGGAACGGGCUGCACAGCAGGAAAAUGAAGCACGUCAGUCGAAUGUCGGGGGAACAGCAGUCCCUGAAAUUGAUAGAUCUGUCAAAAUCCGCUGGGCUCGGGAGGGUGCUGGAUUACAACUUGACAAGAACAAACUUGAAUCCCUUUUUUCUGUCUUUGGUAAGGUUGAAAGCACGUUCACCCUCAAAGACAGGAGGCAACGAGUGGGUGAGACACGAGAAAAGAAAACUAUGGCUACUGGUGUUGUUGUGUAUACGUCGAUUGUUGGCGCCCAUGCCGCGGUGGAAGACUACAAGAGGCAAAAAGGCGAGGAGUGGGAUGUCAUUGAAUCAGUGUUUUGGGCAUCUAAUAAGGAACCCGAUUUGUCGCCUACUCGACAUCUACAGGAACCGUCAACAGCGUCAAUGCCAUCCGCCUCCACCUCCACUACCACAUCAAGAAAUAAAUUUGAUUUCCCAGGCCUAAACACGACGUCAUCAACCCCCGCAAAAGAGAGUAAUGGUGCAAAAUCGGUGCCAUCGUUUGCCUCCUUCUCUUCUGCAGGAUUUAAUGGUCCGAAGGGUUCACCGUCGCCGAGGAACGGCGGCCGCCCUAGUUUAGAGGAGAUCACUCUGAUUCGAUUAAAGAAUGCUGAAAGAAAAAGACUGGAGGAACAGCUUAGGAAAGAAGAUGAAACGGCUGCCGCAGAGUGUGAUUGA